AUGGUUCUGGACAAGGACAACUGCAUUGCAAGAGACCACGACGACAGAGUGUGGCCCGCUUACGAGGAGCGCUGGAGCUCUCUCAAGAAAGAAUACCCCGGAAGACUGCUUAUUGUGAGCAACUCGGCAGGCACAAACGACGACGUGGACGGCCAGGCGCAACGGCUCGAAAAAAACACCGGGGUGCCUGUUCUGCGGCACUCCACCAAGAAGCCCGGGUGCUGGCCUGAGAUCGUGGCCUGGUUCGAGCAGCGCGGCGUGGAGCCGCACGAGAUCGCCGUCGUGGGCGACCGUCUGUUCACGGACAUCCUGAUGGCCAACAUGAUGGGCUCGUACGGGGUGUGGGUGCGCGAGGGGGUGCACCUCUCCUCCUCUGUGCUCUGCCGUUUUGAGCGCUUCCUGAAAAAAUAA